UGAUAAUUGCCGUCGUUGCCUGUGGGUUGACUUUGAUUGUUGGUGGCACCCUUGGGAUUGUCUAUUAUAGACGGAUGCAGAGAAAGAAAAAACAGCAGAACUCACCCACUGUAGUAACUGUGUAUGAUUACAGUGAUGAAACAUUAAUUUUUGAAUCAUAUUCUUCCAAUGAAACAAAUGUAAAGAAACUGAAGUCUGGGGAAAUACCUCAAGACUCUGGUACAGAAAGCGGAAGAAGAACGCAGGAAAAGCGUAAUAUUAUUGAAACAACGAGAUCAGAGACAGAGUAUGAUCAUCUCCAUCAGAAGAAUGGACCCAGUACAUCAGCAGCAGAUAACAUGUACAGUAGGAUGGAAGACAAUCAACACGGACCACAAAGUUUGUCGGACGACACUUACGACCAUACGUUUGGUAUGGAAAGUAAAUGUACAUCGUCUCAGAUAAAUCAUAGUGUGAAUGAUUUCUAUGAUCAGGCUCAUGUGUCGGAAAAAAUGACGUCAACAACAGACGACUUUUACACUCACGUGACAGGAGAUCAAAUCGCAUCACGGAACAUUUUGCUAGAUUACACAUAUGACCGAACAGUGGAGAUUGAAAGUACAUGUAGAUAUGGGACAUCUCUUGGAGAUAACAAUAUAAAUAAUAUUUACGAUCAAGCACAAAUACUGACUGAAACUCUGGAUUCGCCUAAAAAUAAUUAUCAAGAUCCUGAAACUUUCUAUGACCAAGCAACGUGACUUAAACUGUAAUUAGUCUGAAAAUCGAUGUUAACUUCUCAUUUUCACUGACACUGUAAUUUGCAAUUUAAGUCAUGUAAGAUAAUUUCAAUAAAUACCUGUUAUACGUCGGAGAACUUUUU